UAUAUGGAUACAUAUUGAUUCUUGGUAUUAGUGCAGCCGUGUCCUUCUCCUCAUACAAAUCCACACCACCCAGAUCCAAUUUUACCAGAAUAUUAAACCUAUCAGUGUACCCAAUCGAUACAUAUUUUAAAUCAACAAGUGGUCAACAAGAUAGCAAAACAUAUUUUUAUUUGUUCAUUUUCCGAAUAAAAAGGGGGACGAAAGCCGGACCUCGGCUCACUCACUUUUUGGAUUUUCAUUCUUCAGUCAACCUCACCAACUAGGAAAUAUUGUUUCCGGAAACUUAUUUAAAUUCCCGUCUUCAGAAACUUUAAGAAGGAAACUUUUCCUCGAAAUACUUAAUAAAAAAUUGACACGAAGCUAGGAAAAAAAUCGACAAAUAUGAAUAAACUCCUGCUUCUCCAGACUGCUUUCAAGCUCAAAAUAUUCUCAGUGAUGUUGGGUCUCGUCAACGUCUUCCUGACGGCGCAAUAUUACGAACAAGAAUCCGUUUUUGAAGUCUUCCUCUUGGCCAGUGUCGCCGUGACGUUUGCCAUUUCCGUCAUGUAUCUCUCCGCCGUCCACUAUCUGGGAAGGUCAUACACACUCACCGUUCGAAAAUGCGACGCCGCGAUCCACUUUGUCAUGGGCGCCAUCAGUUUUUCCGUGUGGACCGUAUUCCUCAUUCUCAUGAUGCAAAUGAAGACGGGACCCUUGUGCGCCAUCACCGCGAAGGACGGCGACCCUGCCCGUGAAGAACAAGAAUUUCAGUGCUUUAGUCGAAUCGCGUUGAGAAUUGUGCUCGGGGUAAUGUGCAUCAUGAACAGCGUCAUUUACGGAAUCAUCUGCUACAUCUUGAUCUCUGACGAUACGCAGUACGAAAUUCUCUAAAAACAGCAUCUGCUCAUCAUAAUUAACUUGUACAUAGUUUCAUAAUUUACUAAUUAAUUAAUUUUACUAAUUAAUCUUGACUAAAGUUUAAGUUGAAUAGUGUUUAAGUUAUGAAAAUAAUAAUGUCAAAUUUAGAGAUUUUAUUUUUUAUUUUCUUACUUAUAAACUUUUAACGUAUGAUAAAACUGAAUAAUUUUUAAGCAUUAUAUCCAAAAACGUGCCCAUAUUUUUUAAAUGGGAUUGAUAAUUUCUUAAUAAGUCAAUAAUUUUAUCCUUACGACAUAUUUACCAUUAUAAUUAAAUACCUUUGCUAUGAAUAUUUUACAUAUGUGAUUAAUGUGAUACUUACGUUGUGGCCCACAACUUGUGGGUGGUAAAUAAAAUAUAAUCUGAUUUUACAGAGCAAAAAAAAACUA